AUGUUCGUGGACAUUAUGGUCUGCUUUGUUGGCACUGCUGCAGGGGUGGAUAGCAAUCUCCAUGAAGAAGCUGACUUAGUUGUUGAACGUGGAAAACCGGUAAAUGACCAUAACACCCCUGAUCUAACUUUUUUGGACAUUGUUGUCCCUGGCGUGCCUGAAUUUGAUCGGAAACUUGGUGCACCUGCAAAAAGGUUCAGCCCACCAUCAGCAGGGGAUUUUUCGACCUUUUCUCAUAUACCUUUUAAUACGGUUAUGAAGAAGGUGUAUAUGUCAAUACUAAGAAGAGAGCUUCCUAAGCUUCUAGCAUUGUCUUCUGGAACUUUUAGCCAUCAAUCCUUGGAGAAUAUUGUAAUACAACUACGUAAAGCAGGUAGUCAUCCUCACCUCUUUGCUGGUAUAGAGCCAGAACCAUAUGAAGACGGUGAACACUUGGUUCAGGCAAGUGGCAAACUGGUAGUCUUAGACCAGUUACUUCAGAAGCUACAUACGUUUGGACACCGUGUUCUUCUGUUUGCACAGAUGACACAUACACUUGAUGUCUUACAAGACUAUAUGGAGUUGAGAAAAUACCCUUAUGAUCGGCUUGAUGGAUCCAUAAGAGCUGAAGAGUGGUUUGUUGCAAUAUGGAGUUUUAGCCGAAAGUCCGGAAUUGGAAAUUCCAAUUCUGAAGCUGAUUCCGACUCUGCAUUUGUCUUCAUGAUUUCCAGCAGAGCAGGGGGUGAUGGGCUGAAUCUUGUAGCUGCUGAUACUGUGACAAGGGAACGAGCAUUGAGAAAUUGGGUCUUUGAUGAAACUGCUGGAAACAUUUAUAGGGAGUUUGGAUCUGGCUAUCCUGGAGUCUUCUUUGUUUACCAUGAGACUGACCAACCUAGCAAGCUACAGAUCCGUGAUGAAGGCACAAAAUGGUCAUUUCCUGUUCAAAUUGAGAAGGAAGACACCAUAUUUCUUGUUUUGAAGGAGGAAGAUGGCACUCCGGAAAUUUGAAGGACUGGAAUUCGAGGUUAUGAAGAGGGAUCACGUUUCAUUGUUGUACUCUGUCGUGGACCAAGAUAUGGCCCCAUUAGG